AUGGAUAAACCAAGUGAGUGGGCAAAUAAUUUGGUAGUAGUACAAAAACCAGAUUCAUCGCUUAGAAUUUGUCUAGAUCCAAAAGAAUUAAAUAACUGCCUUUUAAGAGAACAAUAUUCAGUACCAACGUUAGAAGAAAUUACUCCAAAAUUAAUAAACAAAAAAUAUUAUAUUGUGUUUGACUUAAGAGAUGGAUAUUAUCAUAUCAAAUUAGAUGAAAAAUCGACACCAGAACUGUUUAUGAAACAAAAUGAAAAAUACUUUGGAGAUAUAGAGGGUGUAAUUAUCUAUUUUGAUGACAUAUUAAUUGCCGCAGAUUCAAUAGAACAGCAUGAACAAAUAAUGAAUAAGAUUCAGUGUGGAACUAAGACGGAAGAGCACAAAAAAAUAUUAGAUACAAUUAAAAGUUUGAUUAGUGAAAAGUCCUUACUAGUACAUUUUAAUGCUAAUAAACCAGUUCAUAUACAAUGUGAUGCUUCUAAAAAAGCUAUUGCAUGUUGUUUGCUACAAGAGGACCUGUUGACAAGAAAUAUUAUUUAUAAAGAAGAAAAAGAUGAUGAGUCGUUGAGAGAUUUAAUACACACAGUAAAAGUAGCAGAAAUAAAAUACAGUACAGAAAAACUAAGUGAGUUAAAAUCAGAGACUAAUAAUGAUACAAUAUUAAAAAGAGUGAUAGAUUAUUAUGUGAAUGGAUGGCCAAAUCAACUAAAAGAAGAGAAUGAGAUUAAUCACUAUUAUAAAAUAAAAGUGGAGUUGACAGUUGAGGAGGGAUUGGUGUACUUUAAUAAUAGGGUAGUUAUACCAAGAGUAUUGAGAGGUGAAAUGUUAAGGAGGAUACAUGAAAGUCAUCAAGGAAUCGAAAAAUCAAAAUAG